AUGGACGGUCACUGGGAAGAGUUCGCGCCUGAGGCGAAUGAACAAAUGCUCCAGGCAUACCUCGACUAUGUCAGAGAGAUUCCUGGCACCCAAUUUGUGACGAUCAGCUCAGGUGGAGUGGAGCGUCAGGUGGAUUUCAAAUUGAUGCAGCAGAAGCACCUAAGGACUGGAAAGACUCGCGGCAUCCGUGCUUUACCUGGUGCUCCUCCCAAUUGGCAAUCUUCCAAGAAAAAAUACUGUUGGAGCACUUUUCACCAGUUGGGAUGCUUGACCUUGGACAGCCAGCUGCGUGGGCAUAGAGCUGCUUGGAAGCAGCUGCAGAAGGUGCUGAGAGGCGAGUUUCUGGAUGCGAAGAUGUGUAAAUAUCAGGAUGGCAGCAUUGUGGUCUUCCAGCUGCCCCAUGGCUGCGAGGAAGAGGCCAGAGACCUCUGCGCCAGGUUUGCAGCAGAGCCCAGCGCUGAGUCGGCCAUCUGCAAAGGAAAGUUGGCUCGCUACCGGCCCCUGGAGUUCUACAUCUUGCAAGCUCCAUCCCUUGACCCAACCACCACGCCAAACCAGCUGGCCAUGUGCACGGUGUGGUGGGCGAUGGCACCCGGUUUGCCUCACCGGGAGGCGCCGGAGCCCAUUCCGCUGGAUUUCUUGGCCGCCUUGGACCAUUGGUUGCUGCCGCGCUGCGCUGAGAUGCAGCUGGUGCAGUUUGGAGCUGAGGGGGUGCCCCUGUCCACGGCUUGGUUGCCCGGCAUGGCCAACGAGGUGUGUUGGGUGGAGCCGGUGGUCGAGAAGGCCAUAGAAACCAUGGAGGCUGAGGAAGCUGCAGAACCGGAAGGUGAAGUGGAGAAUUCCGUGUGGCUCAGGGCACGCAGAAAACGUUGGGCGGAUGAAACGGACACCAGUGAGGAAGAGAGUGAAGAGAAAGUGGAUGCUUCUUUCAACAACAUUCAACUUCAAAGCCCAGGCGCCAGCCCCCAGAGAUCCAGCGCCAGCGACGCCGCGCCGUCGCGCCGCCUCUCCGAGGACGCGGCCGCGUCCGCCGCGUCCGCCGCAUCGCCGGUGGCGGCGCCGGUGGCAGCGGUGGCGGAGCGCACGGAGAGUCCACCGCUGCGCCUGGAGUUUCUGGUGGAGGCUGAUCUGUUGGAUGCUCGGAGUUCCAGUGGAGAUGCGGGCGACAAGAAGGAUGUGCAGCAGAGUCAGAAAGAAGAACGUCGACAGGAGCCUUCAGUACCACGCGGCCGCACCAUGGUCUUGGCCCGAAGCGAUGAGGGUCGUGCUGCCGAAUGUCCCCAGCUGCGCAGACAAGGGAUUUGUUUCGAAGGUUUGUCCUGCAGCCACCUGCAUCCAGCUGGUUCCCAGUUGGUGCGCCCCGAAGCCUGUCCCUUCAACAGCGAGCACCGUGACCGCUGCCCGCUGCGGAACUUCUGUGCCUUCAGCCAUGGCUCUGCGGAGCAGCGGAGGCCCCCCAUCUUCCGCGCCAAGGCCGAGGCCGCCCACAGCGCGUCUUCGGAGGCGCCGGAGGCGCUGGGGCGCUGCGUGGCGCCUUUUGCGGCGAACGACGCGGCGGUGAAUGUGGUGCGGCGGUCCCUGCGCAGCGCCACGGGGGAGGUGGUGGCGUUGUUGGCUGAGGCCAGGGCCUUGGGGCUGGUUGAAGAGGUGUGUGGUGCUGAGCGAAGGCUGCUGAAUGCCCUGGCGGCCACGCCCAGUGCUGGGCCCGGGCCACCACCCAGGAGCAGGGCUAUGAGUCGAGCAUCUUCCUAUGAUUCCUUCUUUGAUGGAGAUGCGGCCAAGUUUGUGCUGGCAUCAACACCUGGAGAUACACAACCAAGUACUCCCAGAUCCUCACUCACACCCACUGGUUGGCCAAAUGAUCGAUAUGCCAGGUAUGCGCUUCCAGACUGGUUAGCUGAGGAACAGACCAUCAACAUCCACAACCAGCUGAAUCUGGAUGGUUUUCCUGGCAGUGAUGGUCAGUUUGGAGUCGAAGAGAAGCAGAGGGAUGACCUGCAGAUGCCUGCCACCUGGCACGAUGCUCCCUUGGGUGCUGUGGUGCCAGCCAUGCCAUCCAUGCCAUCCACCCUGGUGCUACACCGUGCCGUGCCACGCAAGCGCAACGGGCGGUCAGAGGAGGUGGCCUGGGCAGAUGAGGCGCAGGAACUGAGACCCGUGGGACCAGUGGCAUCCACAGCCUCUGUCAUCUCCAGACACAAAUGGCAGCAGAAUGCGAUCCCACCCGGCAUAGGUCUGAUGUGGCACAGCAGCCCCUUUGGUAUUUCGCGCACUCCCAACAUCCACACACCAGCAAGUCAUCGCUCACCGGCUCGAUCCCCCACCUCCUUCAGCGGCUACUGCUCGCCGAUUCCGGGCUUCUCUUCCGGUGUGGCUUCACCCAACCAGCGACGCUCCGGCUACUCGUCACCGUCCACCAUGAGUGGCACGGCCUUUUUCGCUGGAGCCGCAACGCAGAGUGGUUUGAUGCGUCGCUUGAUGUCGCUGCGUGAAGCACGUGGUGAAGAGCAGGAAGAAGAUAGCGAUGAUCGGUCCAGUGAAGAACGCUCCGAGGAUGAAGGUGAACCUCCAGAUCUCCUGGAGCUGCUGCUGAAACACGCCGAGAAAGUGGCCCCCAGCUGUCGCGAGCCGCGGCUGCUGUCGUUGGACCUGCGGCCCACGGUGCCCGUGUCGCAGCGGGGGCUGCUGCCGUGUCACUCGGUGCCCUUUCUGAAUGCCUUGGUGCAGACCCUGCUGGCCUCGUCUCUGAUGCCCCUGCUGGCGCAGGUCUCUCCGCGUCAGCAACGGCCUGCCUACAGCUGCUUCAUGCAGCUGGCCCUGGAGCUGUCCGGCACCACCGGCGCGCCGGCGCCCGCCUUGGCGCCCCGCUGGGCCGACGCCGGCCUGCUGCUCGAGCCCCUGCUGCGGCGCUUCGAACGCGGCAAGGCGGUGCAGGAGGCGCCGGCCUUCCCGGGGCCUUGGAAGGUGCCGGGCAUGGCCGAUAUGUUUUCCUGCUUCCUUCAUUUUUUGCUGGGUCAGCUGCAUGAUGAAUGCAAGUGGCCCUCCACCUUGAGCAUCAGCUCUAGCCAGCACGAGGAUUCCCCGCUGAUGCGUAUCUUCGGCGGACUGAUCCGCCUGAACUCCCGGACCUCCAAGGCGCCCCGACGGGUGGAUCGAGGCCCGGAGACGAUCUCGGCCUUUCUGCUGUUGCACUUGGAUCUCACCGAGUCAGGUGGCAGCUCCUCCGUCGAACUCGAGCUGCAGCAGCUGUUGCUCCGCUACGACGCGCGCUUCCUGCGGCUGCCGCCCUUUCUGCUGUUGCACCUGGAGCGAUUCCGCACGGGCGCAGACGGGCUGCCGGACCGGGUCAGCAAGAAGUGUCGGAUGGAUCUGAAACUGGAGCUGGAGGAGGCCAGUAGCUACACCUUGCGCUCCGUUCCCUACCAGCUUCGUGGUGCCAUGUGUCACUACGGCGAGGUCCCCGAGGGCGGCGCCUACAAGGCCCUCAUCACCGAGGCCAUCGCUGGUGGAGGCGGCUCCCUGCGGUGGCACGUGCUGGACGACGUGACGGUGCGCUGCAAGGGCCAGGAGGAGAUGCAGGAGAUGUUGGAAGCCGAAGGUCAUCAUGUGUGUUUUCUGAUGUACCACCGCCUCGAUACCAAGACCGUGAACCUACGCCCCCACGCAGCCCUAUCGUAAGGGAGCAUUGACGUGGUGACUGGCAACUUGAUAGUGGAACCAAAGAGUUCUACAGAGUUCUACAGCUCUAAGACCUGAUGUUUCUUGCAAUUUCUUGCAUUCAUA